CCGUUAGCCGCAAGUGGUUUGCGUUGGUUGGAUUUUUUUCCCAAUUGCUUUCGUUGGCAGCAUCGUGGCGGUCGCUUCUCGCAAUUCUUGCUGUUAGUUGCUCCUUAAUCGCAUUAUCUCCACUAAGAUGCCCAAGCCGAAGCCAUACGAAAGGCCCGCGGACUUCAUCGAUCCCGGAAAGCCAUCGAAAUGCAAAUGGCAUCUGGGAACCACCGAGAAGUCGCCCCACACACAGCGGGGCAUCGCCCACCGCCAGCAGAUCACCCCGAACAUCCUCGAGGUCAUCGGAUGCACUCCACUGGUCAAAUUGAAUCACAUUCCGGUCAGCGAGGGAAUCGAGUGCGAGAUGUAUGCCAAGUGCGAGUUCCUCAAUCCCGGAGGAUCGGUGAAGGACCGCAUCGGCUAUCGAAUGGUGCAGGAUGCUGAGGAGCAGGGACUUCUGAAACCAGGAUACACCAUCAUCGAACCGACGUCGGGCAAUACGGGAAUCGGACUGGCGAUGGCCUGUGCCGUCAAGGGCUACAAGUGCAUCAUCGUGAUGCCGGAGAAGAUGUCCAACGAGAAGGUUUCGGCGCUGCGAACUCUGGGUGCCAAGAUCAUUCGGACGCCCACGGAGGCCGCCUACGAUUCGCCGGAGGGAUUGAUAUACGUGGCGCAGCAACUGCAGCGGGAGACGCCCAACUCGAUUGUCCUGGAUCAAUAUCGCAAUGCUGGCAAUCCGCUGGCCCACUACGAUGGCACAGCCGCCGAAAUCCUCUGGCAGCUGGACAACCAAGUCGACAUGAUUGUGGUCUCUGCGGGAACGGCUGGCACAAUAAGUGGUAUUGGCCGGAAGAUCAAGGAGCAGGCGCCCAAUUGCCAGAUUGUCGGCGUGGAUCCGUAUGGUUCGAUUUUGGCGCGGCCGAAGGAGCUCAACAAGACCGAUGUGCAAUUCUACGAGGUGGAGGGCAUUGGCUAUGACUUCCCGCCCACCGUUUUCGAUGACAGCGUUGUGGACGUGUGGACAAAGAUCGGCGAUCCCGAUUGUUUCCCCAUGAGCCGACGUCUGAACGCGGAGGAGGGUCUGCUGUGCGGCGGCUCCAGUGGCGGUGCGAUGCACGCUGCCCUCCAGCAUGCGCGCAAAUUGAAGAAGGGCCAGCGCUGCGUGGUCAUCCUGCCCGAUGGCAUUCGCAACUACAUGACCAAGUUCGUCUCGGACAAUUGGAUGGAGGCGCGUGGCUUCAAGGAACCGGUCAACGAGCACAAUCACUGGUGGUGGAGUCUCACCAUCGACCAGCUACAGCUUCCCGCUCCGCCGGCAGUUCUCAAGUCGGAUGCGACGGUCGGAGAGGCCAUUGCCCUGAUGAAGAAGCAUCGCGUGGACCAGCUGCCCGUUGUGGAUCAGGAUGAUGGUUCUAUUUUGGGCGUUGUGGGCCAGGAGACACUGAUCACCCAAAUCGUGAGCAUGAACCGUCAGCAGUCCGAUCCCGCAAUCAAAGCCAUUAACAAGCGAGUGAUCCGCUUGAAUGAGUCCGAGAUUCUGGGCAAGCUGGCCCGCGUCCUCGAGGUGGAUCCCAGUGUGCUCAUCCUGGGCAAAAACUCUGCCGGCAGAGAGGAGUUAAAAGCGGUGGCCAGCAAGCUGGACGUGACCACUUUCAUCGCCGCCGGCAAACAGAAUCCUAAGGCCAAUGGCACCACCAACGGCAGCAGCCACUAACCAAGAGGGUUUCCGAGAAACCCAUCCUCCUACCGACUAUAUCUACGCUCUGUUUAACUUAUACCCGCAUGCAUUUUGCCUUAUUCUCAAUAAAGCACUUUUAUAUACACCAA